CAGCUGAUCCACACCUCACACGCGGCAGCCCACGCCACGACGUCGUACAUGUGCCAACCAUGCACAACUCCCACGCCGGCGUAUGCCAGGAAUAGCCGUGCAUAGGCAGCGCACACCAUCGCCUUCCUUACUCCCCGACAUCGACUUAGGCUGCACCUUCCUCAACAGGCGGUAAAGCAUUCACACAACAUGCCCUCACCAGCGCUGGUCGCUUCGCCUCACAAUGCGGCCGGCGCAGCGAUGCCUGUGUCGCCGCGCUCCAGCACGAGUGGCGCGCUACAGCGGCCAUCGAUAGUGAAGCGGCACAGCAGUCAGUCAUCACACGGCGGCUCACGGAACAGCGUCCUGAGUCCUGGCAGUGCCGGCGAGCACCACCCUCUCCGCCAUGCUGUUGCCGGAAGGCAGCGACACGCCAAGAUUGUCCUCCCGCGCAAUCACAGCAGCGGGCGGAACUUGGCCAAGAUGGGCCGGCAAGCUGCAGCUACUGCAGCGCAUGCACAGGGUGUACAGCAUGCAGAGGACGAGCGAAAGCACCACACACGCAACCGGAGCCAUGAGGGCGACACCGAGAUCCGCUUGCCAGGCUCGCUGGACGAACAAGAUCGGCCACCAAUCAGGAGGAACAUGACUGCGUAUGAACUGCCGCGAAACCGGUCCGGAACGAAGCUCAAGAAGAACUUCUCGCAUGGCCAGCUUACGCGGCUGCAGUCCGGGAAGAACUUGGCGGGGAUGACGAGCAGCCACCAGAAGCCACCGCCAAGUCCCGGCUUGAAGGGCAAGAAGAGUAAGCGCAAGAGUGUGGAAUUGGAUCUGCACGAGCAGGAGGUAGAGCUGUUAAGGCAGCAACAAGAGCAGAAGGCCAAUGCUGCGCCAAAGAGAGUCGGUUUCGCGGUCGGGAGCGCUGAAGAGACGUCGGAUGACAACGCGGCGCCGCAGAUGGACGGCAGUGGAAUGCAGGAGGACGAGUGGACUGAGGAGAGCGCGAGCGCGAGUCCGUACAGUACCAGGCAGCAUUCCCGGAGAACGAGCGUUGUCGUGGACAAGCCACCUGACGAGCCAUCAACGCGCAAGCCACAACAUCCGAGCGUCAGCCUGCAUACUACCGAGACUACACAACCUAGAGAAGCUGUGGAAGAGGUACAGCAGUCAAGACCAGAAGCUGAUCGAACUCCCGCGGCGAGUGAAGAGGAUACAGAUGAAAGCGAUGUUAUCAGUCCUCAUACGCUCGAACCCAGCCAAAUGAGAGAGCUUGUAUUACCACACGAACCGUUGCCGCCAUCACUGCAGCCCGAGCCGCAAUCGACCAUGCAGCCGAAAUCACAGACACGAAGCCCAGUCCAUGCCGCCAAAGAUCACCCUAACCCUACCGUACAGCGUCUGACCAGCGCUCAAUUACCCGCUCCUGCUUUAGUGAGCUCGAUCAGCGCACUCGACGAUGUACACAGUUCACGCGGUUCACCCGCGCCUUCCUUGCGCUCUUCACGUUCCAUUGUCGGCCAAGACGGUGCACACGAUCAGCCCUCGGAAGAAAGCGAACUUGUAUCGCGCUUUUUGCCAAGCGCAUCACACCCGUCUACCGGCAGUGGGAGCAACACCGCGGCAAUGAGUACGCCAAAGACAGGCAGCUUUCAAAGUAACAACAUGCCUGAGAGGGAGCCAGCUGCUGAAGGUGUGCGGUCGACUGACACAUCCUACCACGCUGGGCCCGUCAGUCCUGGAUCGACAAUCUCAGGGUCUUCUGGUGCAGCAACGCCGGCGUUAGGGAGGAGCAGGAUUGAGUUGAGGAUGAUGCACGACAAGGCGCUCGCGGAUCGCGAAGCUGCAGCUGAGAGGCAGCCACUGGUGCCACACCACAUCUACGACCGUCGCAACGAAACGCUCAAGUCCUAUCUCAACCUGGCAGCUCUAGGGGGCGAUGGCAGAGGCGGGUUAAAUGCGCAUACCGGGUUGAGCCUUGGACCGGAGAUUUUCCAGGGUCGCUUCAAGGCCGUUAACACCGAGCUGAAAGUGGUACAGAAAUUCCGUGACCCAAUUGCAGAGUCCCUUGAGCGCCUGCAGAAGUGCCGAGGUCCCAGGCUAUUCCAGAAGCAGAGUCCGCAGAAACAGCUUCAGCAGCAGCAUACAGCGCUCAAGCAGAGCAAGUCUGCGAUUACACUACCGUCCCGGUCGAGACCGAGCCGCGAAACGAGCAAAUUGUCAACCUCAGCGUCACCGCCAAAGUUUGUGCCGCAGAGUGGCCCGCAAGCGAAGAGCGCGAGCCCGCAGAAGCCGGCUGAUCCCUCAAGUUCGACGGGCUCGGUUCGGGUGCAGACUACGAUCGAGCAGUCGUCGCGACCUUCCUCACAGCGCAAACCCGGCAAGAGAGGCGUCAGCUUUGCUGGAGUCGAGUCGGAUCCGAAGCGGGACUCGACAGAGGAGCAGACAGAGCAAAGGAAGGAUCAAUCGAAUGUCGACGAGCAUCUGUCGCCAGACAUGAUUGCGCGUCGGCUAUGGGAGAGCGUGUGAUAAACGACCAACAUGCUUUGCAUGACCUUCUAGACCUAGGACACACGCGAGCUGGAUACACAUACGGUCGGCCGCGGCAUAGUCUGGAGCGUGGGGUGGAAUCCGGGG